ACCUCAGCCAGAAAUCCCCCGAGCUCCAGGAGGAGUUUGGGUACAACGCAGAGACACAGAAGCUGCUGUGCAAGAACGGGGAGACGCUGCUGGGCGCCGUCAACUUCUUUGUGUCCAGCAUCAACACGCUGGUCAACAAGACCAUGGAAGACACGCUCAUGACAGUGAAGCAGUACGAGACGGCCAGGCUGGAGUAUGACGCGUACCGCACGGACCUGGAGGAGCUGAGCAUGGGCCCGCGCGACGCCGGCGCCGUCAGCCGCCUGGACGCCGCCCAGAGCCAGUUCCAGAGCCACAAGGACAAGUACGAGAAGCUGCGGGCGGACGUGGCCAUCAAGCUCAAGUUCUUGGAGGAGAACAAGAUCAAGGUGAUGCACAAGCAACUGCUGCUGUUCCACAACGCCAUCUCUGCGUACUUUGCUGGGAACCAGCAGCAGCUUGAGCAGACCCUCAAGCAGUUCAACAUCAAGCUCAAGACCCCUGGCGCCGAGAAGCCCUCCUGGCUGGAGGAGCAGUGAGCCCCCGUGCCCCCCGGAUAGGAUGGAGGAGCACACAUGGACCUCAGUUGUGGCCGGGGGCUCGUGGGGGCCACAGCCCAGGCCUGCUCUUGGAUGGGGGGGACCCCGGGUGUGGGGAGCUGCCAGAGGGCUGGGUCCCCCCUCAUCCCACAGCCCCUCCUCAGGGCAGGCUGCAGCAGCUCCUCGGCACAGACCCCACACAGCAGACAGCUGGAGCCCCCCUGCCCCUGACACUCCCAAGGGGGCUGGCUGGGCUGCUGCCCCCAGGCACCCCACUCACCCUGGGGUGAGCCAGGACCUUCCACUGUCCCCCCUGUGCCUCCCCGGGGCAGGAUGAGGGUGCGCCCCUCCCAGGCCCACUGCCAGCUCCCCCCAGGCAGCCCCC